UUCUGAUCCCAAAAAUGACCUGUGAAUGACCUCUUUUACUUUUUGUUGCAAGAAAGAUUACUCUUCGAGUCUCUCUUCUUCUUUUUUAUAUACUCUAAUAUUCUGCCAUAUAAGGAAAAUUCCCUCCUGUUUAGUUUGUUUGAUAAUGAUGAAAAACUCGAGAAAUUUGUUGCAGACAAGCCAAAUUUUCUGACGCUUUGAUGAUUGUCUGCAGAAUUGAGGAAUUAGGCCACAAAAAGUCAUAUACCGCAAUGGAAAAUUCUUCCCAUUUAUAUGAAAACUAUGAUCCGGGUUACCAGCCUUCACCUUCUUCUAUAGAUCAAAAUGAUCAUUCAACAACAGAAACUCCAGUUUACUCAACGAUGAGUGGUGAUUCUUUCGCAUACUGCCGGACUUAUUCAGAGAUCUCAACCCUAUCAGACCCCAUUGACGACAAUAGUUGUUGUAGUGAGCCUUUUCCUUCUAACUGGCCACCUGCAAAAUCUGGACAUACUGUUCUAAGCCGAUCAGGAAUGAAACAGCAAAAGACUCCCAUGGAUGGUAAGCUUGAUGAUCAAGAAGCAGGAGAAUUAGAGCUAGAGAUGAUGAAGGAAAAAUUUUCAAAACUUUUGCUUGGUGAAGAUAUGUCUGGAAGCGGUAAAGGUGUCUGCACAGCGGUUACAAUCUCAAAUGCCAUAACUAAUCUCUAUGCCACCGUGUUUGGGCAAAAUUUGAGGUUAGAGCCCCUAAAACCUGGAAAGAAAGCAAUGUGGAAGAGAGAAAUGGAUUGUCUUCUUUCUGUGUGUGAUUACAUAGUAGAGUUCAUCCCUGAAUCCCAGAAUUUACGAGAUGGAACGCAAGUUGAGAUUAUGGCAAGCAGACCAAGAGCAGAUAUUUACAUCAACCUUCCUGCACUGCAACAGCUAGAUAAAAUGCUCCUAGAACUAUUGGAUAGUUUCCAAGGCAUGGAAUUUUGGUAUGCAGAACAGGGCAGCAUGUCCUCUAAUUCAACUCGUUCAGGCUCAUUUCGUAGAGUUGUUGUUCAGCGUAAAGAGGAGAAAUGGUGGCUACCAGUUCCAUGCGUUCCUCAAGGUGGUCUCUCUGAGAAGACAAGGAAACACUUACGCCACAAGCGUGAUUCCGCUAAUCAAAUCCACAAAGCAGCCAUGGCCAUCAAUAGUAGUAUUCUUGCUGAAAUGGACAUCCCAGACUCAUACAUGGAAACUCUUCCGAAGAGUGGAAAAGCAUGUCUUGGAGAUUCAGUUUACCGUUAUAUGUAUACAACAGACAAAUUCUCCCCCGACCAUCUCCUUGAUUGUCUCAAUCUAUCAUCUGAGCAUGAAGCACUUGAGCUAGCAGAUCGAGUUGAAGCAUCCAUGUAUACAUGGAGGCGAAAAGCCUGUAUGAGCCAUUCAAAAUCUUCAUGGGACAUGGUCAAGGAUCUAAUGACUGAUACUGACCGCAGUGACAAAAAUCACAUUUUGGCCGAAAGAGCAGAUAGUUUGUUAUUUUGCUUGAAGCAGAGGUACCCUGAACUUGCACAAACAUCCUUGGACACAUGCAAGAUUCAAUAUAAUCGGGAUGUGGGGCAAGCAAUCCUGGAGAGUUAUUCAAGAGUGCUGGAAGGCUUAGCAUUCAACAUUGUCGCUUGGAUUGAAGAUGUUCUUUUUGUAGACAGAUCAGUGAGAUCUCAAGAUCACUAACGACCUGCAAAUGAACUAAUUAUCAAAGGAGGGAUAUCUCAGUCCCGGCUUGUCCAUUGAACAAGUUUUGGUAGCUUAAUAAUUCCAAGGUCAGGUGAAUGAACUAGAAAAUGGCUAUUUUUUAUUUGUAAAGAGACGAAGUUAGCUGUCAUAUAGGGACUGUUUCUAAGACUUGUAGCAUUGUCGAAACUGGCAGUUCUAACACAUGCAUAACUUUUUUCUGGGUUGAUUGUGAAUUUGUGCUGAAAUCCCUAAACUUCAUUUCAUCUUUUCAUUCCAGAAGAGAAUGCAGUAAGGUGCUAAUUGUAAUAGAUCACUGGCUUAUUUAUAUUUACA